GGAAGGAGAAGAUGGCUUUGCCGGUUUUGUCCACGUAGCUGCUGCGCACCCUGGGAAGGCUUUCAUAGUGAGCCUUGCAGAUAGGACUGUCCACUUUGUCAUCGUCUGGCCUCCUGGCUCCUAAUGGAUUUUAUUUAUUUAUUUGAGAGCAAGAGAAUGAGAGGGAGGAGGGUCAGAGGGAGAAGCAGACUUCCCGCCGAGCAGGGAGCCCGAUGCAGGACUCGAUCCCAGGACUCUAGGAUCAUGACCUGAGCCGAAGGCAGUCACUUAACCAACUGAGCCACCCAGGCGCCCGAUUUCCAUGCUCUUGUUACUAGCUUCCCCCAUCCGCCAGGGACAUGCAGGUGAUUAACUGCCGGUACUUGUCACCCUUCCCUGGAAGCAGCUACCUAGAGGAGACAGAGGCACUGAUGCUAUUGCAGAAGCUCUGGUUAAUAGAAUGGGUGGUUUCUGCGGUUCCAGGACUGCAGCCUGGGGUCACGGCCAGGCCCUGGUGGGCCUUUGCCCCUGAGAAAGUCGCCGUAUGCGGAGUUCCAGAAAAGGAGAAAUGUUUAGAUUCAGCUGGCAACCCAGGGAUCCUGUUGUUUGAAAUCCUAUCAAAGCUUGUAGAGACUUCAGCUUUACCCAGAAAGGCUGUAAUGGAAAUAGUAAGCUAUUUCCGAAGAAAAUUCCAGGAUACCACAUCAGGAAUGUCAUGGAGUCCCUACACUGUGGGUUAUGGGAAAAGGAGAUUUAAACCAGACAUAUGCACACCUCCAAGCUCAAGCACAGCUGCCUUUGCUAAUGCUGCCCGAAUCGCAAUAAUGCAAGAAAAGGAUUUACUUAAAUUUCUUGAAGAGCUCAAGAGGUGCAGUCCUCCUUCAGAUAGCCCAUAUUCAAAAAUACCCAUCUUUCCAUUGUUUCCUAACAAGGAUGGGGUGGUGAUGGGAAAGCCAUUCAAAGACAUACAGAAAUUAGAAAUGCUAAGGAGAAGGGAGCCUCUGGAUUUCUUUGAGAACUACUUUUUCCAUAAAAGAGACUGGAAGACACAGGCAGCAAAUAUAAAGCCUAUCAACCCAGUCUCAGGCUAUCCAAGUGACAUCCUAGCCAUUGACCAAACACUCAAGAAGAAGCAGAAUUGGACAGUGACGGAUGCAGCUGCUAUGAAACAGCACGUGAAGAGAGCUACUGAUGCCUAUAACUUGGGAAUUGCCCUUGAGCACCGGAAAGACAUGCUAAACCUCUGGCGGAAGAUCCGAGGGGAUCUGAUUGGAAUAGACACUAAAAAUGAGUCCUUUUAUGACACCUUUUCUACCUAUACAUGGUCCUGGAAUGUUUGCCAAGAAUUACUUUCACCGAAGGACUUAAGGUUAUAUGAUGCCUACAUGAAUAGGAAUACCUUCCACAACCCUGUAUUCUCUUCUUCCUCGGAUAUCAGUGAGUGUGACACAGAGACAGGAAGAAAAAGAAAACGGAAAGGUUUCAAAGGGUUUCGACAAUGAAAUUUCUACAUUUUCUAAACAGCUCAUUGCAAACUACUUUUUCAUAGAUAUCAAAAUUAUGGUUUCUUGCUUUUGUCUAGUACAUUCUUAGCAGCUGGAAAUGUUGACAUCUUUUGGAUUCUAACCAGUAAAAAAGUUUUAAGUCCUAAUGUGGUUUCCCUUUCCUAAUUCUGAACAAGUAACUAGAGGCCAUGCGGUUAUCUUCCCAGCAAAUGGCUGCGCUCUGCUGCCCCCACCUGGCUCAAAAGUGCCUGGGCAGAAGGAGAAAAGCUGCACGUGGGCACUUACCUCAACACAGGGAUGCCCCUCUGAGCCCCUGAGGGCUCUCUCAGCAAUAAGCAUCUGAGUUUAUGAGUUUAAGUGACAUUGGGUUUUUGAUUAUUUGCAAAAGAGGCCAGAGGCAGCAGAUGACAAUGAUCUUUCAGUUCCAGGGAAUAAUAUCACCAUCUCCCAGGGAAUCUUGAUUAAAUUUGGGUGUUCCUAAGGCUCCUUAGUCACACAUCAUAGGGCUGAUCUCUUGAAUCCCUCUUAAAAACAGUUGAUCUCACCAUUACACUUGUUGCUGUUGUUCUUUAGUGUAUUUAAUAAAGAUGCGCAGGGCGCCUGGGUGGCUCAGAUGGUUAAGCGUCUGCCUUUGGCUCAGGUCGUGAUCCCGGGGUUCUGGGACUGAGCCCCAUGUCAGGCUCCCUGAUCAGCGGGGAGUCUGCUUCUCCCUCUGCCUCUGCCCCUCCCCGUUUGUGCUUUCUCUUGCUCACUCUCUCUUGCUCGCUCUGUCUCUCUCAAAUAAACAAGAUCUGGGGAUGCCUGGGUGGCUCAGUCAUUCAGCGUCUGCCUUUGGCUCAGGUCAUGAUCCCAGGGUCCUGGGAUAGAGCCCCGCAUCGGGCUCCUUGCUCAGCAGGGAGCCUGCUUCUCCCUCUGCCUGCAGCUCCCCCUGCUUGUGCUCUCUCUCUCCCCCUCGCCGCCCCAUCAAAUAAAUAACUAAAAUCUUUUCAAAAAUAAAUAAAUAAAAUCUUAAAAAAAAAAAAAAAAGUACCUUAUAGACAUGACCACUCUUCCUACCCAAAAAACAAGAUUUAAGGUUUGACAGAUUUUUUUUGGUAUGGCUAUGACUGUAAUAGGCAAUCUAAGAAAUGUAAUUUGGAUGCCAAAAUAUUAAAAUUCCUGGGAUAUUUUCUUGGAUCAAUGGGAUAACAGGAGAGAAUAUUUUUAAGUAUAUCUGUUCUGGAAAAUCUAAAAUGUAUAGUAAUACAGUCUAUCAAUCUGUCCCACACUGUGGUUGACAGUAGAAACUAGCAUCUUGCAGAUGAAAUACAGUAUAGCAACAGGUAUUCAGCCAUUCAUUCAACAAUUAUUUAUUGAGUUGCAUAAUGUGUGCUGGCCCGAGUUCUAGGACUUGGAUAUGUAACAGUGAAUGAACAGUAAAAUGCCCUGACCUCACAGCUGAGUAAUGCAGCUAAUUAUAACCACUGACUCAGUACUUCCACUUCUAGAAAUUAUUUCUAAAGAAGUAAUCAUGAAUAUACAAAUGAUUUAGUUAUAAAGAUAAUUAUCAUGUUGGAUUUUUAAUAGUAAGAAACUUAAAGUAGCCUAAAUGUCCAGCAAAUCAUGAUACAGCUCUAUAAAACAAUACCAGGGUCAUUAAAACAAUGUUAGAAAAGAACAUUCAAGCAGGAGAAUGAUAUUCACAAACUAUUAUCAACUUAUAAAACAGGCUACAACUGCUCAGAGCCAUGAGAAAACUUUACGGAGUUGUUCUAAAACCUAAUUUUGAUGGUAGUUGCACAAAUAUAGAUUUUUAUGAAAAUGUAUCCAACUGUACACUUAAGAUGGAUGAAUUUAAUUGUAUGUAAACUAAACCUCAAUGAAGCUGUGAAAAAUAGGGGAUAACGCAGUUCUGAAACUAUUUUAAUGUAAAGGUUACUUCUAUAAGUCAAUUAGAAAAAAAGACUGGAAAGAUAUAAACCAAAGUGUUUAAUGGAUUAAAUUAAGGAUGGAAUGGGGUGGUUUCUUUUUUUCUUUUGUCUAAAUGUUCUACAAUAAACACAUAUUUAUUUUGCAAUAGGAAAAAAACCACAAAGUCUGUUUAAAGUUGUUAAACCAGCAUAUUCAAUCCUCUAGGGCUGCUGCACGUUCCGUGAAACAAAUUAGGACACCCUUCCCCCACCUUUCAGUUCCAGAGCACAUGCUUACACAGACCAGAAUUUCCACUGAUCGGAACUGAAAGAAAGGCAUGAAAUAAUUAACUACCCAUGUCCCAGGUUGACACCCAAGGCAAUAAUCCAGACUGAGAGUUAACUUUUCCAGGCUUUGAAACCAUGCCACCCAGCUAGAAAAGCUCUUGAGGCUCACCAGCAGAGGGACCCUUAGGUCCCCUGAAAAGUAUUGCUGAAGCUACAGUCCAGUAUAUAGUCUGAUACUACAAAGGACUCACAGCCAUGUCUUCCCAAUUUCUUCAGAAAAAUGAUUUUAGGUGCUCCCAAAGAUGAAGAAAAAUGAGUUGUACAGGUCAACCAAAGAUAAUUGUAUAGAAAUUAAGUUUAGGAUACUUUUAUCACAUUUCAUCAAAAGGGACCAAGUUGUUUGACAUUUUCAAUGACUAAUUAUUGGAACUAAUAUAAUAAGUGACUUCAGGGGAAAACAGAGAGUGAGCUCUAUGCAAGGAAAUAUGCGGUAGGACUGCUGACUAGGAGCGUUAAUAGUUUUUGGUGUGGGGAGAAAAAAGCAUGGGCAAGAGAGAACAAGAUGCCAAGAAUAAAUAUAAACCAACCACUACAUCAAACAACUGGCCUUGAGAAAAGAUAAAAAUCCUUGUACUUGUUUUUUGGAAAGGAGGUUUUGUUCAAAAUGUUUCAAAAGACCGUGAGAAUGGCAAACGUGUUUUCGAAUAAAGUACAAGUUCUUUAUUAUCUUA